AUGUCUGACGGAACUGGUGUCACCAACCCUCACACUGAGGAUUCCUUUGCUGAGAGCAAGGGCAAGGGAAAGGCUACUCAGGAUGAUGCUCCCCACCCCAUCGCCAUGGAUGAGGACGACGACGACGACGAGGAUGAUGAUGAGGAUGAGCUUGAAGAGGAUAAUGCUGAACCAGAUGAGGAUGGCUUAGAGGAGAUUGAUCUGAACAACAUUGUUGAGGGCGGACGUCGCACUCGCGGUGCCCAGAUUGACUACGCCAGGGCUGCUGAGCAGACUCCCAUGGACGACGAUGAGGACGAGGAAGACGACGACGACUUCCAGCCUCCCAACGAGGACACCGAGAUGGAGGGUUAA